AUGACGCCCCAAAUCACCAACUGGGAUGAUCUGGCAUUCGCUUUAGAGGAGGUUGACCCUGAAUCCAAGGUGUUUCACUACACAUCGUUUGGCCUCCUCGACGACAAUGACACCUUUUAUUAUGGCCAGCUAGACGCGUUUAAGACAGAAAUAUCAUUCGAUCAGCUCAUGGCUGCCCUCAAUUCUGUUCCUGAUGAUACAAUAUACCCUUUGUGGUUAGAGACAGAACUUCACGAGGCGCCAGAAACACAACAUGAAGACAUUUACAUCAAACGCCGCCCGUUUGAACUUUAUGGCAUUCUUAAGAAGCAAGGAAUGGAGAAACAACUAUUCAAAUCCCUCAUUUCAGAGGCCAGCGUGCUAGAAGUGCUGUCUCACCAUCCACACCCGAAUCUGGUGCGCUAUCACGGAUGUCGAGUCAAGCGCGGGUACAUUACCGGCCUCAUUCUCGACAAACACCCUCAUGAUCUUUUAUCCUAUGUGGAAAUCGGAAACGGGAAAAUUGACAGGGUCCCCUUCAUGGCAGCGCUUGAGUCUGCGAUCCAGCAUUUGCAUGAUCUUGGUUUUGCGCAUAAUGAUCUGACCCCAUCAAACAUUCUGGUCACCGAGAAAGGAAUGCCGAUUCUAAUCGACUUUGAAGGAUGUCAGCAGCUUGGGACAGAAUUAAAGUACAUCCGGGGCACCAAAGAGUGGAUUGAAGGGGAGAUCGGAGACCAUAAUAUUUCCGCGGUGCGGCAUGAUGACUUUGCGCUUCAGAAGAUAGAUGCUUGGCUGGAUGAUCAAGACUCAAAGUAG